AUGUACGUUGUCUGCUAUUCGCAUGCUCCAACUGUGUCGAGUUUCUGUAUAGACAUGUCGUCUGAAAUACGACUAGUACAGGAGAUAGAAAAGUACGAGUGUUUAUACAAUAGCAGCCUACCGGAAUAUAAUCGGAAAGAUUUAACAGAGGAGGCGUGGGCACAAGUCUCCUAUAGCACUGAUUUAUCAGUAGCUGAAUGUAAAGAAAAAUGGAGAAAUAUCAGAAGUUCACUUCUGAGAAACCUUAAGCCAAGUGAAAAGAGUAAAAAACCGUAUUACUUAAUGCCCUUUUUACAUUUCGUAAUACCAUUUCUAAAACCAAUAAACAACCCUGAAGCCAAAGAUGAGCUUAAUUUGCUUAGAACAACAACAAAGGAGCCGGACAUAUAUUUAUGUACUGUGAAAUCAGAAGAUGAGUGUCAAUUAAUGUGUGACACUCAAUCAUUCAUCAAUACAACAGUGAUGUCUGAUGAUGAAACUCAAAGCGAUCCAUUACUGUCCCAAUCAAUUUCUUUGCCUCAAAAGAGAAGGAACAGAGAAAGUACAUACAGCGUUGCGAAUAAAAGAGUUGCUCAAAAAGAAAUUUAUACCGAAUUGAAUAGUUCAAUGUCAACGAUUGAGCCUCCGAGGACUAGUAACGAGUCAACGAGAUAUUUCUUAUUAAGUCUCUUACCAGAAUUAGAGACAAUGUCAGAAGAACAAAUACGACAAUUCAAAAUCAAAACGAUGAUGGCUAUAGACAACAUAAAGUCUAAUGUUGACAAAGAAACUGCUAAUUUUCAAUUGCAUGCGGAGCGUCUUCAAAAGAAACUUAACAAUUUACUCAUAAAAAAUCUUGCCAAAAACUGA